CACUCCCCCUCUCUCUCUCCAUGCGCGCGCUCGCUCUCUAUUUCCGGUUUCCCCGAGCACUUCCGCCAGCGGUCGCUCCGUCUACGCGGGUUGAAGCUUGGCGGCAAAUUCAAGCGGGAGAUCGAUGGAUAAUUUCAAAGAAGAUAUGCAAAGUCAGCUGGAUGAAAAGCUGAGUGAAACCAGAGCGAAAUUUUUUAGUUUGUGGGAGAGCUGUAAUCCAGAAGGAUUCAAAUCGAGAUAUGGAGAAUCCUUGAAAAUCACCAGAGACAGGUGCCUCGAAAUAUAUGAAGAAGAGAAGCAGAUGCGUGAUAAAGUCCAAUUAACAAAAAAGGCUGUUGCUGAGCAGAGCACCUUGUUGCAGACGAUGCAAGAAGAUAUACGCGUCGCAAACCAACAUUUUCAAAGUUGUGAAAAGCAGAAGCAGGAAUUGGUAAAAAAGAUCAAGCAACUGAAAGAAGAACUUGUCCAAAAGCAGGAAUCAAUUUCUACACAAAAGCAGGAAAACAAAGCAAAGCUGAAGGAACUGAAUACGUCGGCAGAGAUGUUCAAGAAGAGAAUGGGUCUGGAAAUCCGCAGAGUGCAUGGUGAACAACUGCAAUUCAUCUUCAAAAACGUCAACAGCAAAGACCCCGGGCAGCUGUUUACAUUCUUACUGAAAUUUAACGAAGAAGGGAAUUAUGAAGUCGUGUCCUGUGACCCUCCGCUGGAAUGUAUGCCUCUACUGCAGGAGAAGCUCAAAGAAAACAACAAUUUCUCUGCAUUUCUUGCAAGCGUCAGGAAGGCCUUUACUGCACUGGUGUAACUCCAAGAUACAUUUGUGAUUUGUGUUCAACUUAAGAAAUGUAAGCUUCGGCUAUUAUAUUUGCCAUCCACAGACCAUGUAAA